AUGAGCAUCGAAUCAAACCAUCAGUGGAGACAGCGGUGGUGGAAGGAUAUGGACGAGGCUCUGGAAAGUGCCCUGUUAAAUGACAGGUCCACUGGGGAUCGGGAUGGGUUGCUACUUGCUAAAUUGUUAGGGAAAGUAUUGGUUAUGAAGCUGGGAGAUAAUUCGGAUUUGAUGUUUACCUACUCCACGCUGCGACAAACCUUUGACUCCAGUGGGAGCAAGUAUGGCAUUACCUUCACUGCGCCCGCUUCGUACUGGUACCUGCGGUGGUUCAGUCUCCCGGGAAUGCUGAAGUAUACGGACUGGAUGAAAGUAAUGACCUACGAUCUCCACCAAGCCUGGGACUCCAGCAAUACAAACGGCAACAUUGUUCAGGGCCUCAACAAUCUCACUGAAUUCAAAUUGGCCUUGGAGCUGUGCUGGCGCGUUAAGAUACCCGCCUCCCGACUGAUCCUCGGAUUCGGUUUCUAUGGGCGCUCGUUCACCCUGGAGGAUCCCAGCUGUACACAGCCCGGCUGCCUGUUUAAAGGCGCAUCAAUGGAAAGGCUCUUCUCACGAACUGGUGGAAUGCUGGCAUUUUAUGAGAUUCAAAGUGUUCUGAGUGGUGGUGUACGAGCCGGUGAUAGUCGGAUUAGUGGUUCACAAGCCAUCGAGCCCGUGUGGGAUCGAGAAGCUGCCGUGAAAUACUUCAAAUUCAAUACGGAUCAAUGGGUGUCUCUUGAAGAUGCGGAGACCUUUCACCAGAAGGUUGAGUGGGCCAACAAAAUAGGCCUCGGGGGUGCAAUGGCAUGGGCUUCGGACCUUGACGACAAUAAAUACACAGCCCACCCAGCCCUACUGGGAAGAAAGAUUACCUCCAAUCCGGCUUUGGUCGACAAAGAACCGUCGAAUCGGAAGGCUACCGCGGAGCAUCUGUGUGUGAACCUGAAUGACCAAACCGCGAUGGCGCUGGCUUAUGGACCAGGCUCCACUGCCUUGGACUGGGAUGACGCUGGAUGGGGUAAGGAGAAGUGUAGGUCAGUCAGCGAGCCAGGUGCCGCGCCUGGUCUCUUGACUGCGCAGCGGGUUUUUCGGUGUCCUAGCAUUGAGGUUAUGAAGAUAGAGGACGGAACGAAUCCACCAAAUCUUGAGGGAACGGAUACAGAGCAUAUUUUUGACAAGCAAAUCCAGAAGGUCAUUGUUCGCGGCGCAGCAUCUGGUGUGGGAGUCAACAGCAAGCCUUUUGAGGCCCCAUUUAAGCCUCUGGGGCCGGCCUUCUGGCUAGAGGAAUGGACUAAAAGUGUUUGA